AUUCACACUAAUCUUGACCAAUCACAGUAGAACAUAAAUUUGCCCAAUUGCCCCUGUUGUCUCUUCUUAUUCCCAUCGAAGGACACCCAGACGGCCCCCCUUUUUUUUUUCUCUCUCUUGCCGUGGAAGCCAUGACCAGCUCCUCCGCUCCGUCACGCAAGGCUUUAAGCAAGAUCGCCUGUAACAGAUUGCAGAAAGAGCUCGUCGAAUGGCAAAUGAAUCCUCCAGCGGGAUUCAAACACAAAGUCACAGAUAACAUUCAGAGAUGGAUAAUUGAAGUCAACGGAGCUCCAGGGACUCUGUAUGCGAAUGAAACGUAUCAGCUUCAAGUAGAUUUUCCUGAGCAUUACCCUAUGGAAGCACCUCAAGUGGUGUUUGUCCCUCCGGCUCCUUUACAUCCUCACAUUUACAGCAAUGGCCAUAUUUGUCUAGAUAUUCUUUACGAUUCGUGGUCCCCCGCCAUGACUGUUAAUUCCAUCUGCAUCAGCAUUCUCUCUAUGUUGUCAAGCUCAACUGUGAAGCAACGGCCACCUGAUAAUGACCGCUAUGUAAAGAACUGUCGGAAUGGAAGAUCCCCCAAGGAAACUAGAUGGUGGUUCCACGACGAUAAGGUCUGAUACAUUAUGUAUUAUCCGUGGAUAAAAAUGAUAGCCUUUGGAUGAUAUUUAUCAGAGGGGCAGUGGGAAAUUGGCCCCCAAAGGUCUGCCACCCCUGUCUACAUUUUCCUUGCUGUGAAUGGUGUAACUAUAUAUGUUUCUCUCUUUUGGUUUUGGAUAUGAUGGCGUUCCCAAUUUAGAUCUUCCUCAACAAGUGCAAAUA